ACAAAAGUUUGGCAAAUAGUCAUGACAAUACGAUGUUAACGAAUGCGCACGGCACACAGUAUUUCUCCAUUUCCUUAUGGAUGUACCGUGAGCACAGGACAUGACAGCCACAAUGACUGCUCAGUUGUACGCUCUACAGUAUGUGCCGGCCUGCUUCUGGCCACAAAGGAAAGGCACAAACCACACAACAACAGCACGCAAACACCACGAGGAGAAAAUCAGACAAGACGCAAGGCCAAUCAGGAAGAUAACGUCCUCUGCCUCUGAAAGCGCAGGGGCCUGAAAGUAAUUGGCAAUUAGAUGCUUGCAAAAUCGAAUCAUAUACUGUACUGCGGCAGCUGUAUAAUAAAGGUCUAAAGGAGAAGAUAAGUGGCCAACCAGUUCUUCGAGUCCGCCGCACGCCGCACGCCGCCGCGCAGUUUGCCACGUCGAUUGAGCGCUUGCUAGACUCCUAUGGCAAUGGAUUCCGGCAGCGUUGAGGUCGUCUUUGAGUGCGAUUGCUUCCGCCUAUACAGCGAUGGACACGUCGAGCGUACCGGCGGCAUGGAAACCGUGCCCGCCGGCUUCGACGCCGCCACCGGCGUCACCUCCAAAGAUGUCGUCAUCGACGCCAGCACCGGCGUCGCCACGCGGCUCUACCUGCCAGCCAUCCAGACGGCGGCCCCGUUGUUGCCGUCCGAGUCCGACGACGACAGCGCCGCGACGAAGCUCCCCGUCCUCGUCAUCUUCCAUGGCGGCUUCUUCAUCGUGGGCUCAUCCGGUGGCCCCGACUUCCACCGCUACGUGAACUCGCUGGUCGCCCGCUCCCGCGUCGUCGCCGUCUCCGUCGACUACCGCCUGGCCCCCGAGCACCCGCUCCCCGCUGCCUACGACGACUCCUGGGCCGCGCUCAACUGGGCGGUGUCCGGCGCGGACCCGUGGCUCUCCGACCACGGCGACCUCGGCCGCGUCUUCGUUGCCGGUGGCAGCGCCGGCGCGAACAUCGCCCACAACAUGGCCGUCGCAACGGGCACGAGCGUCUUGCACGCCGCGACACCUGCUUUGGCGGCGCGGAUCGGAGGCGUGAUCCUACUCCACCCUUCGUUCUGCGGCGAACAGAAACUGGAAGACGAGGCAGAAGAGUUCUUGCAAGCUAAUAAGAAGAGGUGGGAGGUCAUCUUCCCCAGCGCCAGGGAUGGAACCGACGAUCCGAGGAUUAAUCCGAUGGCCGCCGGUGCAGCGCCGGGCCUGGCGAAGCUGGCCGGCAAGAGGUUGUUUGUAGCCACGGCGUCGGAGGAUCCGAGGGCGCCAAGGGGCCGAGCUUACUGCGAGGCCGUGAGGACCAGCGGGUGGAUGGGGAAGGUGGAGUGGUUCGAGUCUAAAGGCAAGGGACACGCCUUCUUCGUCUCCGAUCACGGCAGCCACGAGGCUGUUGCGCUGAUGGAUCGAGUGGUGGCUUUCGUUGCUGCCCAUUGAUCGACCCUUUAGGCGUGGGCCAGGCGCAGCUUUUGUUGGAUAUGUAUUGGUGUUUUUUUUAUUGAAGAUGGUCCUAUAUAUUUGGAAAAAUAAUCUAGACGUAAUAACUAGCUUAAUAACUAGUUUUAUGAUGUUUACUGCUCCCUCUAUCUUAUAAUAUAGCUACAUCUAUGUUUCAAGUCCAA